GCUAAUACAUUAAAAAUGGGUUGGAGGGACGUUGAAAUGCCGGAUGGUACUGUAAAGAAGUUCAUAUGGAGUCCUAAAUACGACCCAAGAUACCCUUCUUUUAACCAAGGGCCCAAGUGUAACCAAUACUUCAUUGAUUUCCAGAAGUGUAUCUGGAAGAAGGGUGAAGGGUACAAGCCAUGUGAUUGGUUCAGACAUCACUACGAGCACAUCUGUCCUCAACCUUGGAUCGAAAAGUGGAACGACCAACUUGACCGAGGUGUUUUCCCCUCCAAGCAACUGUUGAAGUGGCAGAACAAGUACCCCAAGGCUGCAGCUGCAGAAGAAGAGGAAUAAAUAUAGUUCAACAACGUUGACUGCUUUCUAUCAUGGACCAUCGAGACUCACACUAUCGAAGAAUAGAUUCAAUUUUGUUUAGCAAAGUUAACUAAGCCACGACCCCUUUUGGAUCUGAACCACAUUUGUAAUUUAUUGUUAGGCUAGGCUGUCCUCCGAUUUUUUAGGUGUUUAAGAUCAGAGACUGGCCUUCGGAUAUUAUUAUUUUCUAAUUGUGAUGUUAUGAGUAAAAAUUAUGCCAAUAGUUCAAGUGAUUAA